CGUCUCGAUGAGAUGCAAUUUGUAGGCAGCCUUUCUUACGUGUAUUUUUCGACUCAUGCGCGCCGGCUCGGAGGUGGCCGGAAAUAGAGAGGAAGGGCUUACAAUGCGCGACUUUGCAUACGAAGCAGCACCCACCGCUCCUACCGACCGACGCACUCUGCAAUCUGCUAACUGCCCGGGAGACCGACGUCAAGUAUGAACCAGCUCGAAACUUCUGCCCACGGCUCACGGGGGCUCCUUGCGGCGACAGCUGCAGAGUCGACCAGCAAAGUCGGUGGGCCUCCUGCGCCGUCGGUGCUCGCUAAAGCGAUGAAGCGGCACAGUCGUCCCGAAGUCGACCACCACGACGACGACAAGCAAACGCAGCAAGAGCAAGACAACGGCAACCAGCUCGUAUUCAGCGACGCGUGCGAGCCCAUGGUCAACUACGACGGUUGCAAGUCCGUGGGUAAGCCGUUUAGCAUGACCUCCCAGCUGGCCGACCACGAAGACGACGUUGUGAACGUCCGCUCGCCCAUUAUCUGUAAGUCAAGCUCGAGUGCUCGAAGUGCCGCUCUGAGCCCAACGUGUGUGUCUUCACUGGCUCGAAAUGACGCCGUAAAAAGCGACUCCAGGGAGCCUUCGUGGACAAUUCAAGAGUUCCAGGAGUACUUGGGUAUGCUAGAGCUGCUACAGGACGUGUGCUGUACCUCUGAGGGCGGCGAGAUGCGUCUAUCGGCCGACAAUCUCGGUCAAAUGGAGCGGCUACUCACGUCGCUCUUGCCUCAAGGGGUGUGAUCGUACAUACAACGAUUCGUGUUUCUUAGCGUUAGACAUUCUGCAUUUCUACACAUUAGCCGUUUGUACAAGUUAACUCAUCGAAAUAGACGCGGCUGCAUUUCGUGAUACGCGGACUCCAUUUGGUUGAUGAUCCUUCUG